AUGAAAGCCGUGCUGCAACGCGUCAAGUCGGCGUCGGUGACGGUCGACGGCAACCUCAUCUCCAGCAUCGGCAAGGGCGUCCUCGUCUUCGUGGGCGUCGGCAAAGAAGACACGCCGACUGAAGCCGAAAAGAUGGCUGGCAAAGUGCUCUCCAUGCAGCUGUGGGACGACGACCAGGGCGGCAAGUGGAAACGGAACGUGAAGGACGUCGGGGGCGAAGUCCUGUGUGUCUCACAGUUCACCCUGCUCGCAUCCACCAAAAAGGGAAAGAAACCAAGUUUCCACAGAUCGGCCCCCGAGCAGCUGGCUCGCGAUCUGUACUCUUCCUUCUUCAAGAAAACCAAAGAGCUCUACCAAGAAGACAGAGUCAAAGACGGCAUCUUCCAGGCCAUGAUGGACGUUGCGCUUGUGAAUGAUGGUCCGGUGACCAUUGAGAUUGACAUGGACCCCCCGAAGAUGGAUAUCCCUGGCGUUUCUGGCAUGGAUGCCGAUAAGGUCAAGCUCGAGGAUCUCAUGACGAAGAUUGGCCGCAUCCAAAAGGAGUUCAAUAUCCCAGCUGAACUGCUUCAGUAG